AUGAAGGUCGCUGUCAUCCUCCUCUCGUGCCUCGCCUUCGCCACCUCCUCCCGGCGCCCCUACCCGAGCCGCUACCCAGGCUCAGGAGGCGGCAUCCACGGCGGCGGCUCCCCUAUUGUCUUCCCCGACGAGAUAAAGGGCAGUGGGGGAGGAGGCCACAUUCACCCACAGCCUGGAGUUGGUGGUGGUGUUGUUGGUGGUGGGUCCUUCUUCCCCCCACCUGUUGGCCAUGGUGGCGAGCCGCUGGUCACCAAACUCUGCCCACGCACUUCUUCCCUGAUCCACGACUCCUUCUUAGGACACAACUACCACUUCUCCUGGUGCGCUGACGGUGGCCAGCGCUACAUCUGGCAGGGCGCCCGCGACUACUGCACCGGUCUGGGCCGCGGCUGGUACCCCGUGGCCAUCGAUACUGCCGAGGAGGACAGAUACAUCAUCAAUAUUGUUGGCACCCACCAAUCUCCCUGGAUCUGGACUGGAGGCAACAGACUGGACAACAAUAAGUUCAUCUGGAAAUGGCUGGACGGAAGGCCUUUGACCUACUUCAACUGGGGCCAGACUGGAUCACAAAACCUACCUCAGCCUGACAACGCCGAGAACAACAACGAGCAAUGCCUGGCUCUCCUUAACCAGUUCUACCCAGGGGACCUCAUCACCUUCCACGACAUUGGCUGUCACCACACCAAGCCAACCAUCUGCGAGUAUUCUGAUGACGUGCAGGUUCCCGCGCCCCAGUACGGUUAGGGCACUAGUUAGGGCAUCGGUAGGUUAGGGGAUAUUGUCUGUCUAACGGUCUAAUGCAAGAGUUGUUCAGGGUCUUUCGCUCUUUCACUUUACCCGGAUUGUUAAAUGUGCAAAGCUAGAUUUGGUGUGUGUGUGUGUUUUUUUUUUUUUUUUUUUUUUUUAAUGCAGGAGUUGAUUAAUUUAUCUAGUGUCUUUCGCUCCUUCACCAUUUUCGAUAAGUUGGUGGUGGACUGCUUAACUACCUAGUGCAAGAGUUACCUGGAAUCUUUCACUCUUCCACCCGGAGUUUAAUGAAAUGGUGGCCUGCUUAAACUACCAAUGCAAAGGUUACGUAGAGUCUUCCGCCUUUCACCCAGAACUGAUAAAGCAAGACGGACUGCUUCACUACCUAAUGCAAGGCUUGUCUAGAUCUUUAAUUUCUUCUGGACUUUGUAUGGACUGUUAAACUGCCUAAUAAAAGACCUAAUUUAAUCAGUACUUUAACCCCAUCACUUUGACUGCUACACUCUGGGACUUUUAUCUAUUUCUGUAUGAUAUCCUUCUUUCUCUUCCUACCUAUGACUUGCACUGUUUCUAAGGAGUAUCGUAAGACCUAAGAAGCUAAAUUACCUAACAAAUAUAUUUUUUUCAAUUUUUUUUUAACAUAGACGAGGGAAAGUGAGCUGUUUUUUUUUUUUAUCCCCCUUUUUUUUUCUAAUUUAUUUCUUGCUAGAGAGAUGAAUAGACAAAACUUCAGUCCCGUGUCUUAUCUUCCGUAAUUACGACCAUAGUGGGAAAGGGUAAUGCUUCUGCAAAGGGUAAUGCAAAGGUCACUGGUGGUGUUGGUUUAAAAAAAGGGUUAUUAAAUGCAGGGUGUGAAUGAUCUUGAUGGAAAUUAUAUUAUUGUAAUUUAUCAGUAUUAGAAUAGGAGAAACUUAUGUAUGAGAGAGAGAGAGAGAGAGAGAGAGAGAGAGAGAGAGAGAGAGAGAGAGAGAGAGAGAGAGAGAGAGAGAGAGAGAGAGAGAGAGAGAGAAUAACUGUGAUGCUUCAGGACACUAGUUACGAUUGUUACUUGCUUGUCUCGAGUGUUCAAGAUGUAACUAAUUAGAGAUGGAUAAAUACACCUGUGAUUAACAUUCCAACAGGUGAUUGGAGGAAUAAUAAUGUAAUAAUGUGAGGUUACGUGAAUAAAUUGCUGGAAUGUC